GGCACUCCUUGUUAGUGGCAUUGCAUCGGCUUUGAUUGCGGCAUUAGAUUAUCUGGCUAUACCAGAGGAUGGCCAUCAUCGAUUGGUAGCUACGCCGGGGUGACCACGAGUGUCUGCCUAAUUCGAGGGUGAAGUGGGGAUGUUCGGUAGCAUAUUGCUUCUUGUGGCUAGCACAGCCCUGGCUGCAGAUGUUAGUGAUUGGAAAACAGGAGAAGUUACUGGUGAAGUCGUAGAGGGGAAAAGGGAUUUUCCAUGUUACUCGUUGUCACGAGAUAAUUACACUUGCGGCGCAUGCAUUCAACUGCAUGAUUCAUGUGCUUGGUGUGGAGCUCCCCUCUUUGACGCCAAGAAGCAGUAUGCAAGAUGCGAUAAUCGCGCAAGAUUGCUAGAACACGGCUGCCCUGAAUCAUUCAUCGAAGAUCCUCAAACAGUAUUGGAAGUGGAAAAGGAUGAGCCACUUUCUGAUAAAGGACAAGUCGAGAAUGAGGAUGAUGCUGUCCAGCUGAAACCUCAAGAAAUGUUUGUGGAAAUUAGACCAAAAUCACGAGUCCGUUUCAAUGUCACAUAUCGUCAAGCUGUGGAUUACCCUGUUGAUCUCUAUUAUCUUAUGGAUCUCUCAUAUUCCAUGAAAGAUGACAAGCAGAAACUUUCUGAACUUGGAGAUUUACUAGCUGUUCGUAUGCGUAACAUUACGAAGAACUUCCGCCUGGGUUUUGGAUCCUUCAUCGACAAAAAACUCAUGCCAUUUAUUGACCCUAGAAUUGAAAAGCAGAAGUCGCCAUGUGCCGAGCCUUGCGCUGAACCAUAUGGAUUCAAGCAUCAGAUGACGUUGACAACAAACACCGAAAAGUUCAAGGCGGAAGUAGACAAAGCUGAAAUUUCUGGUAAUCUCGACGCUCCGGAAGGAGGCUUCGACGCCGUCGUUCAGGCUUUGGCAUGCAAUAGCAAAAUCGGCUGGAGAGAGCGUGCUCGUAAAAUGCUUGUCUUUUCAACAGACGCUGGUUUUCACUUUGCAGGUGACGGAAGGCUAGCAGGAGUGGUGGAACCCAAUGAUGGUGAGUGUCAUCUCGAUCGUGACGGAUAUUACACGGAAACUCUGAAGCAGGACUACCCGUCCAUUGCUCUCCUCCAUCAGAUGAUCAAGGACAGAAAGGCAAAUAUCAUUUUCGCAGUCACCAAAGGCAAUCAUGAGCUCUAUACCCAGCUUUCUGAAUCCCUUCCUGAUGUCUCCUCUUCUGUCGGAAUUCUUGAGACUGAUUCGCGCAACAUCGUCGACCUCAUCGAAAAAGAGUAUCUGAAAAUUAGUGAGAAAAUCAUCAUGGUAGAUAAUGCCAAUGCCAGUGAUGGACUGAAAAUGACCUAUCGCAGUAUGUGUUUGGACGGGACGACACUUCGCGACACCAAUGUUUGCGAGGGUAUCCGUGUAGGAGAUGAGGUGCAAUUCGAGGUGACACUUGAAGCUACCCACUGUGUUGAUAAGAGAGAUUUCGUCCUGAGGAUUGGCCCUUCUGGCCUGGACGAGACACUUAUUGUCAAUGUGAAGGUGCUCUGCGAUUGCGAUUGCGAACAGGAGGACCGUAUCGUUGAAAAUGCUGAAGAGUGUCAUGGCGGUGACCAGGUCUGCGGUGUUUGCCGUUGUAAAGGUGGAAAUGUUGGCCGCUAUUGCGAAUGCAAUCGUCCAGGAAUGAGCACUGCCGCUUUGAAUGAGAAGUGCAAACGCACCAAUGAAUCAGCGAUCUGUGAAGGAAGAGGAGUAUGCAACUGUGGGCGCUGCGAAUGCAACCCGCGUCAGAACCCUGAGGAGCAGAUAUCGGGAGAAUUCUGCGAGUGCGAUAACUUUAAUUGUCCUCGACAUGAUCGCAAAAUUUGUGCUGAACAUGGAGAAUGUAACUGUGGACAGUGCAUUUGUGCCCCAGGAUGGACAGGACGUGCAUGUGAAUGCCCAAUCAGCCAAGACUCUUGCAUGUCUGCUAAUGGGAAAAUCUGCAAUGGAAAGGGCGAAUGCAUCUGCGGACGUUGUCGGUGCUUCGAUGGACCAGAUGGAAACAGGUACUCUGGAGCCAAGUGCGAAAUCUGUCCCACUUGUCCGACAAAAUGUAUAGAAUAUAAGCCCUGCGUUAUGUGCCAGCAAUGGGGCACUGGUCCUUAUGACGAAGAACGAUGUAAAGAGUGUCCUUUCACAGUGAUACCCGUUGAAGAGCUACCAGAACUGAAUGAGACUACGGCUUGUCAGUUUGUUGAUCCUGCUGAUGACUGCACUUUCUAUUACCUUUACUACUACGAUGAAGCCACGGAUAAUGCUACCGUGUGGGUCCGGGAACACAAAGACUGCCCUCCACCUGUGCCUGUUCUUGCCAUCGUACUUGGCGUCAUAGCAGGAAUUGUAAUUCUUGGCUUGAUCCUUCUCCUCGUCUGGAAGCUUCUCACCGUACUGCAUGAUCGUGCUGAGUACGCUAAGUUCAACAAUGAAAGGCUUAUGGCGAAGUGGGAUACGAAUGAAAAUCCGAUCUACAAACAGGCCACCACCACUUUCCGAAAUCCUGUAUAUGCUGGCAAUAAAAACAAAGGAUUAUUCAUCAAAGUGGCGAGAUUUCGUCUACUCACCUCUACUAUUCGUAGAAUGGUGUCCUCUACUGAGUUAACGCCUAUAGAGAAAGCUAAGCGGCAGGCUGCCUACGCGUGUGCAGAAAAGAAUAUUGCAAGCGGCUGUCGCCUUGGUGUUGGAUCUGGUUCCACUGUUAAGUAUCUUGUGGAAUAUCUUGAAUCAGCAGUGAAAUCAGGAAAAUUGCAAAACAUUGUUUGUGUACCGACUAGUUUCUUGACAAAACGAUGGCUGUUGGAUGCUGGUCUAACGGUCACAGAUCUAGAUAGUACACCUGAACUUGACGUCUGCAUUGAUGGAGCUGAUGAGGUAGAUGCUCAUUUCACAUGCAUCAAAGGCGGUGGCGGCUGCCUUGCUCGUGAGAAAAUUGUACAAAAUGCCGCUAAGAAGUUCUUCGUGAUCGCCGACAGUUCCAAAGAAUCCGUUAAACUUGGUGAACACUUCAACCAUGUGCCAAUCGAAGUCCUACCAUUUGCCGCCUCAUGUGUGCUGCGAUCUCUGCCUCGUUCCGAAGGUGGAACUGCGCAGCUUAGGAUGGCAACGAAGAAAUGCGGACCAGUGAUAACAGACAAUAACAAUUAUAUUGUUGACUGGACUUUUGAGAAGAGCAGGAACUAUGAUUGGAAGGAGGUUCAGCUUAGACUCGCUAAUACUCCAGGGAUCGUGGAGACUGGAUUGUUCAUAGACGUUGUUGACAGCGUAUUUUUCGCGAAACCAGAUGGCAGCGUCAAGGAGCUUGACGCAAAGAAAAAACCUUAAUUUAGCUUAAAAAUUAUUUUCAGCUUAUUAGAUUUGUUUCUAGUUUUGAUCAGAGUCUGCACUUUUAUUCGGAGCAGGACACCUCUUGUUGUCUUCAAGAGGUGAUGAUUUUAUUCUAGUUGUGCCUUCUACCUCGAGUAAGGCCUUAUCUAGUUGUUGCCUUUACCCGGUUGUGGGUUCCGAACAUAUUCCGAAUGUUGUGAAGCUUCUCUAUUUCACUUUCCUGAACGUGGUUGUGCUCGGUGUAGUUGUUUCGUUUCGGUGCCUUCUUUGCUACACAUAAUGCUUUCGAAUAAUCCAUCGCAAUAUGUGCUGUACUUAUUCCAAAGUUCAUGCUUAAUAAAUUUUGCUUUCCGACUG